AUAAAAAGAAGAAACUCUAGAUAAGAGUCAAGAGUGUGUGCCCUGUAACGGAUAAAGCACCGGGAAACUAACCAACUUCAACAACCAGACAUUUGAAAGCUCUGAAUUAACGGCCAACGAUGGCCACAGCAGCAGCAUUCGGCAUCGGAUUUACUAGUUCCGCCAUUGGAGCUCAAUUCAACAGGCCCAAAUUCGUAAAACCCAAGAUUUUCGUAAAUCCAAUUCGAUGUGCUGGUAGACUAGAAUGGGAUCCAGAUGGAAUAUUGGGUCCGCGACAAACGGGUCAUAUAGCCCGACUCGAGUUCCAGAGACGCCUUGAGAAUGAUGCUGCUGCUAGAGAAGAAUUUGAACGCCAAGUACGUGAAGAAAAAGAGCGUCGCAGAGCUCUUCGUGAGUCACGAGUGAUUCCGGAUACAGUGGAAGGGCUUGUGGAGUUUUUUCUUGACACUGAAGCGCAGGAGAUCGAGUUUGAGGUUGCAAGACUGAGACCACGAUUGAACAAAGAAUUUUUUGACCAUCUGCAAGUCGAACUUGGAAAGCUGCGAUUUUCUGUAAACAAAACUCAGGACGUGGAAGACAGAUUAAUUGAACUGGAAACACUGCAGACGGCCCUGCAGGAAGCAACAGAAGCUUAUGAUAAAUUGCAAGCAGAUCUUGUAGCAACAAGGAAGAACUUAACCGAGAUUUUUACUUCAAAGGAUGUCAAGGCAACUCUGUUGGAUUUGGUUGAGAGGAAUCAGCUGAAUAGACCCUUGUUGACGCUUCUUGAUGAAAACAUCGCAACUGCACAUAGUGCUAACCAGAAGCAAGCAGCGGAAUACAUGGAAAAGCUGAGGAGACUUGUUCUGAAGUACCUAACAGUAUAGGUUUCAUCUGAAGAUUAUCAAAUGCUCGUCUCAUUUUUAUACAGAGGAAUGGUGAGAAUUUCUGGUUCGUUGUUUAUAUUUCAGUAAUGUAGAAGUAUACUACAAAAUUUUGUAGGAAUGAACUUAAAAUGAAUCCCUUGUAAUGAUAAGAAAGAGAGUACGUAUCCCCAUCAUUUGUGAAAAUCACAGCGGGAAAGAAUGAGGAGUAACCAUGUAACCGAAAAUCCAUGUUCUUCUUCUUCCUUGUUAGUUUGAAAGUGUGAAAUCAUGUUUUACUGAAAGUGACAAUUCAACUAUAUUUUGAACGCCUAGAAAGUCAUUUAACUUUUUUGGAGGUACUACUAAAAUGUUAAGGGGAGAGCUUAGGAGCAACGAUAAUGUUGUCUCCGUGAAACCUAAAGAUCACGGGUAAAAGUUGUGGAAUUAGCGACUGACCCUUGCAUCAAUGUAGAAUGCAUACAUUACACCCUUGAGGUGUCACCCUACUCCGAACCCUACAUUCACGCAAUGCCUCGUACACUGGGCUGCACUUCUUUUGCUAGCAGAAUGUAGUCAUAAUUACCCAUCAAAAUUUGUCAAGGUACUUGAGUAGAAAUGUUAUGUUUACUACUCCCCCAUGUCAUAUGACUUGGCAUGUUUGUCUUUUAAGCAAGUGAACUAUUUUGAGACAAUUUUUGGCAAACAUGCCAAGUAAUAUGAGAUGAAGAGAGUAGAUUUUACACUGUGAAAUGGAGGGACAUUUUAUUGAGAGGAGUGAGAACCCUCAGUGAAUCACUAAGCAAGAAAACUAGUGGGGCUGAUUUCUAGAAUUUUGUCCUUUCAUACAACUAUAGAUCACCAAGACCUUCUGAGUUAGUGAUGUUCCCAAAGCCGGAUCUAUGUUAACAGCCAACCAUAACAAUUAACAACAUCAAGCCAACUCCAUCAUAAUUCAGAGAAAGGAUUAAAAAAUAGUCUGCUUCAGUUGUAGGCAAUGUCUUAGGUCUUGUUGUAAAGUGAACAUUUAAUAGUCUUUUCAUCGCUUCAUAGACAGGUGCAAAUUACCUAAUGCAACAUAAAAGCUGAAAUAGUUAGUCUGGAUUUUAUUUUUUAUUUUUUUUUGUAUAUCCAUUUCAGUAUCUCAAACCCGUUGGCCUGGCUAGUCCAAAUUCGUAGGACUCAUAGAAGCACUAGCAGCCUGCUGCACUACGGAAGGAUCUAACUACAAGUAUUUAGUGCAUGCGGCCUAAGAGACUAUUUCCGCAGGUUGAGUCGGCGACCUCCUAAUCACAUGGAGGAAACUUUACCGUUACUCCAUGGCUCCCCUUCGUCUAUUAUAAUUUGGUUAUGGUUGAAAUUUUAUUACAGUACUGGAUGUGUUAUCAGCUGCUUCUUUCAUUUCUAUUAAUUGUAUCAUCAUAGCUGGCUGCCAGCACUUAUUUAUGAGUAUUAUUAUUGUUAUUACCA